UAGUUUCAGUAUUCUCUGAAACUAAUGUUAUUGAAUCUGUGUUUUUAGUGUCAAAUUAGAAAGGCCUGCGAAGGAAAGCUUGAGAGUCUAUAUCUUAAUUCAAUAGGAAGCACUUUAGAUGCAUUUUGGAUUGUUUAGCAUUGUUAUGAAUGGAUUUAUCAGGUACGUACAAUACAACAUCCUCAUGUUGUUAUUUUGCUCUUAUUGGGAAAAAAAAAAAAGAUUGUAUUCACAUUUCCAUGUUGCUAUCUUUCCAUGAUAGGUUUCUGUAGAUACUAGGAGUGGAACUAGAAGUUCCAUUGACUCACUCACUGUUCGCAUGCUCAUCUGCUUCAACACCUGAAACGAAUAUCACUGAAAUCCUUUGAGCAGCCUAAUGAUUGGUUGACUGAAAAAAAGCCUUUGUUGGUCAUUCUGAGUGCAGUUCAGUCACAGUCCAAGGAUUGCACAAAGUUCUUUUUUAUAACAUCACUUCAAAUCCGUUGGAGAUCUAAAUUCGAUAGAUGAAAACAGGAUUUAUCUGCAUGUCGGUGUUUAGAGAAAAGCAUCAACAAUUAUAUGAAACAUUUUGAUGACUUAUUGCUAAAUAUUUAAGAAUAUGAGCCAAACAGUCAGUUAACCAUGAUGGGGCCAACAAGGCUUAUUUAUAUGAUGUUCUGGUGCAUUUAUGGCCCAGAACACAAGAUGUAAGACUCCCUACAGUUUGAGUGACCGUGACCUCUUUGGAGGCCGAUGAGAUCGUCGAUAAAAGUGUAAAAAUGUUUGACAAGACAAAUCUAACUAUCAUGUCCCAAAGUUAUAAACUACACACAAAAUAAAUGAUCUCUUCUUUUGAAAAUGCAUCUUGAAACAGAUACUACUGAAAUUACCACAUGCAGUAAAUGGCUUUGUCUGUGUGACCAGAGGAUCAAAUAGAAACAACAGACAUGUUGAGCUCAAGCAGAGACUGAUAGAAAACCAUGUGAACUCUGUUUCGGGGUGUCGUUUCCCUUGUAGUGAAGAUGAUCAGUGAUACUUGCUUCCUGCUUUCUGUAAUUGGACCGGUCCAGCAGGAGGCGCCUGACAGCCCCUCUCAGCUGUACCUGCUUACUCGACCCACCUGUCCAACCUGCCCCGCAUUAAGACACACCUCUGCAGCUGCCCCACCACUCCCUGACACAAGCCCCGCCUGCUGCAGCUGAACAACAACCUGGAUACACUCAGCAUGUCUUGUUCAAACAAGCCAGCUUUCUAACUCAGAUAGGGAAGGGUGACGAAGGGCAGAAAAGCUGGCGACUGGCAUUGAUGUGUCAAAACUGCAGCCACUGUCUUUCCUGAAGCCUGAGGAUCUGAGGAGGAGGCUGUGUUGUGGUGUGAGUCAGUGUCGUCUUACAUCCUGACCUGCGGAUCAAUCUGUGAGUGCUGGAGACGCGGCAGUAAACUGAGGGGCGGCAACACUGAAUGGACAGAACAUGGGGUCAGAUGAGGCCUACAACUUUGUCUUUAAGGUGGUUCUAAUUGGAGAAUCUGGUGUAGGAAAGAGCAAUAUGCUGUCCCGCUUCACCAAAAACGAGUUCAACCAUGACAGCCGCACAACCAUCGGGGUGGAGUUCAGCACACGGACAACGCAGCUCAGCGGCUACACCAUCAAGGCCCAGAUCUGGGACACGGCCGGACUGGAGCGAUACCGGGCCAUCACUUCUGCGUAUUACAGAGGUGCAGUCGGAGCCCUGCUGGUCUAUGACAUCACGAAGCACCUCACCUAUGAGAGUGUGGAGCGCUGGCUGAAGGAGCUGUACGACCAUGCUGACCCCCACAUCGUGGUCAUGCUGGUGGGCAACAAGACCGACCUGGAAUCAGAGAGGUCUGUGCCCACCGAAGAGGCAAAAGACUACGCAGAAAAGAAUGGUCUUUUGUUCCUGGAGACGUCUGCUUUGGAGUCAACUAACGUGGAAGCAGCAUUCAACAACGUCCUAGCAGAGAUUCACAGGAAGGCGAACAGUAAGGAAGUGGUUCGGGGCUCCAUCAGUGCUGUGUCCUUGAGCAGCUCCAGCGCAGAAAACGAAGAGGAGGGGAAACCCUGCUGCAGGAACGUCUGAUCACAGGGUCCUCCAGGAGCCCCGGGGCCUCAGGGUGGGCGACAGGUGAACUUCACCCACAACCUUGUGUCGAGCUUGACGAGAGGCACGCGACACGGCAACCACGGGUGCCCAUAUAAACGGUUUUGGCUUAAGUGAUGUCACUUUGAUGCACAAGCUGCAUGAUGGCAUAUUCAAAAGAUGAUUAAUAUAUGUGAAUGAAUGUGCAGGAGUCCAACAUCAUUCUUCUGAGAGUCACUGCUGACUAUAGGUCAAAAGUUAAACACUUAACCGUGAGACCUGUAAGAUGAUAUAUUUAUAAUCCAUACACAGAAUUGGAGCACCGUAGAUGCAUCAUAGCAUGUGUAAAUGUAAAUGACACGUGACUGUUUUAUAGUUUGUUGGUUGGUGGCACUGCGAGUCUUGCUGUCACUGCUGUGCGUGUGCUACAGCUGAUGAUCGGGGAUCAGAUUGAUUGCAAUUCUGUUGAAAAAUAAAGGAUUUAUGGAGACCUACUGUGUGCUAUUUGUGUCUUCUAACAAAAGAUAUAGGUAUUUUUUCUCAGAGGACAUUUUGACACGUCACAGUAAGAAAAGCUCAGGUGUAAAUAAGACAAUUAGUGAUUUUGCUUCAGCCUCAGGGUGCUGGUAUUGAGCCUGCUAGCUCACUCUCACACUGCCGUGAGUUAAUGGAAAACUUCAACAGCCAUCGUUAAUGUUCUUAACAUCCUGUGCUUUUCCUACUACGACUAGUCAAAAGUCUGCUCUGAUAAAGACCUUUAGAAUUAAAGGAGGAAUACCAGAUUAGUCAGAUUUACCACCUCAGCAGCGAUUCAGUUCAAAUGAAAUGUUAGUUUUCAAUCACAGCAACACACUAAACUGACAAAUAGUUUUCUGAGUUAAGCUCAACUCUCCGGUAAACAUUAUUAGUUUGUGUUUGUGUUUCUGAUCCAAUCCUCUCUCAAACUGUUUCACAUCAAACGCUUGGCUGCAGCAGAGGUUCUUAACCUUGCAGGAACUCCAUAAUGAGGUCUAAAAACGCUGAAGACGCAAAGAUGUGGAAACAAAAAAAUAUCUUUUAGACAUACAGCGUCUCCUUUCGACAGAAUAGGUCAGGGGUGAGCAACCCUUUCAAGCGUUAAAUUCAUUUUUCUUCUGACUGUGCUGCGAUGAUUAACUGGCCCAAUUAAAGCUGGCGAAACCCUAUCAGAAUGAUGAUGUACGUAGUGAAUGAGUGCACAGACCUCUUUA